AUGGACCCGACUUCGCCCUCGUACAACAGUGCGCCUGUCCGGCGAUCGCAAUUGCUCACGUCUAUCUCAGAAUUGAGACAAGGAAUCCAAGCUGCUGAGGCCGAGAUUGAUCGCAUUGAGAACCGGAUCUCAUACAAAGAGGACUGGCUCAAAGAGCUUAAAUCUGAAAGCAUCGCCGCUGAUAUCCCUAAACCGGCAAUUGACAAGGCCAUCAAGCAGACACAAGCACUCAUCAAAGAGAUCGAACAGACCCUCAUUGCGAAGACAGAUGAGAUCGCACGCCUGAAAAGCAAGCUGAAGAAGAAGGAGACAAAGCUUGCAGCGAUCCCACAAAUCGAGUCAUCCAGUGCGCCCAACCCCAAAGACAACAAAGAUGCGGCAGCACUGCUUGAAGUCACAGCCACCCCCGUGAAUGCCAUCUUCACAAUCAGUGAAGACGGCAAGACCUACCUUAACCCGCCCAUGCUUCGGGGUGUCCCAGUCGCACCCAUCAGCGAAACCGGCUCAUACUGGAACCCCUUAUGGAAAAAGUUUGCAGAGGCAGUCAACGAAGAGAAGGUGGAAAGGGAUUAUCAAGAAUAUCUCUUGAUCAGACAUCAGCGAAUGCUCCAAGGACCCCUCCCAACAUCAGAGGAUGACCCAGAGCAUGUCUUCAAGAGAUACCAGCGCAGCUUGCGGCAAGCCAAGGUCACAACGCAGUGGUUCAAUCCAGGACACACAAUCCAUCCUAAUCAACUCAUGGCAAAGGAACACUUGCCUGAGACUGGGAUCUGCGACAACUAUGUUCUCUACAAGAUCUGCAACAUCCUCAGCCGGGUCAAUGCUAUGUAUGAGCGCGGAGAGCUGGGAAUGCCGCCUAUUCACUUCCUCAUGUGGAGGAUGAGUGUCUCCCUGGAGCGCUUUCCACACGACCCCAUGAAGUCAUUCUGGCGCGUCAUGGUUGACAAGAACCACGGUGCUUACGACAGCAUUCUUCGGCAAGCUGAGAUCAGAGGUGCACAGCAUACCGGUGACUACAACUUCUACUUAGGUCGAUGGAAGCAGGCAUCUUCUGCCAGAGAGCAGACCUAUUCGUCCGCAUUGACGGGUAGCAGAUCGGCCGCCUCUGACGCAGCAAUUGCACAGCCUCGAGCAGGUUUCCAUGAGGCCUUUUUCCAGCAGCAACAGCAGCAACAGCAGCAGCAGAAUCUGCGUGAGCCUGAUUCUAACCUUACCUUAAACCCAACAGAGGCGUUGAGGUUGCAAAUGCAGAUGCAGACAUCUUCCACACAAGAAGAGAGACGACAUGUCAGUGAUCGACGCAAGACGCACCACUCUUUAGAGGCCUUUGAUACAUCGACCUCUGAUCACGACGGUAGCUACUCGCGCCCUGCCAAGAGGCUGCGUCAGUUACCACUGUUCACAGAGGAUCGUCUUGCAGUUCGAAGCAGACCAUCUGCUGAGAGCAUGGUCUCGAGCCAUUCCUUGAUCGGACCCAUUAUGGAGACCGAGCCUUCUAUGGAUCUUGAAGCGGAAAUUGGACAUGGAGCUCACACUCGGACAUCUACAUUCGGGGUUGUGGAUGCCCCAAUGGAGGAUGAACUUCAGCUGGACAGCUUCGAGAAGAGCAUGGCCGACAAUGAUGAUUUGGCAACCGAGGCAACGGCUCCGAUUCCCCAAACUACCAGCGUCGAAACCCCAGUCGAUAAUCGCGAAUGGAUUGACAUGUUUGUCGGCUCGGAAGAGAUCAGAAGACAGAUCCAGCCCACAAACAUGGAGGCCAUCAGAGCUUCAGUCGGAGAAAGUCCUUUCCCAAAGGAUACUGGAAGAAGAGUUUCUCACGGAUUUGUCUUCCCCUGGUACCACAGCGAGGAAGCUCAGAAGCUGGACGAGCUGGGAUUCCCUUUCUAG